AUGUCUGACGUGAUUGAUCUUUCGAACUACCUGCCCGAAGAAAUUAUGGCCGGUGUCUUUUCCUUCCUCUCGAUUAGAGACAGAUACACGGUUUCAUACGUGUGCAAGGGAUGGGCUGCGGCUGUGGCUUCCUCGGCGGUCUGGAGUUUUACCGAAUUUAGUUUUGACUUUGAAGAGGAGAAGGAAGCAGCCUGUGUAAUAAAGAUGCUACAGCCUUACCUGAUCCAUAUCAGACACCUGAAGAUUGUCCUGAACCAGUACAUGGAGCUAAACCGAAGACUCGUCCCUCAGGUCUUAGACAUGCUGGCCUUCAAGAGGGUCAAGCUGCGGGCGCUGAACAUUGUCUGCCAGGGGUUGAGCCCUUACUUCUACUCUGGCCAAGAUCUCCUGCAAAGCAUCCGCCUGUUGUGCCAACGCAACAGUAGGAUCGAUCUGCAACACGUCGAUCUCCGGCAGAUGCCGUUCAUCCUGGACAACAACACGGUGCUUCUCCUGGCUUACAGCAGCCCAAACCUUCGCACCUUGCUGAUCAACAACCGUGCUCCUGGGGUGAUCAUCCUAAAACCUGAGGCCAUCGUGGACGUGGUGCGGAUCUGCCCGAAACUUACCGUGUUAGGACUUUAUUACACCAUCCUAUCGACGGGACUGUUCCAAGAGCUGGUGAAGCCCAACCGAUGGCCGCUCCAAUGUCUGGAUGUUUUGUACGAAGGUCUGGAGAAGCAGAUUCCCGAAGAAUGUUGGGCCAUGGUGAGCAAGAGAUACCCCCAGUUCCGGGUGAAGUUUGAAUUCGCUGCCAUGGUGGACGGCACCAAGAUUCCCGGCAUCCUCAAGCCCAGCAUUCCCGUGAAGUCUCUGCAGUUCAAUUACCUCCAUAACGUGACUGAUCAGCUGCAGUUGAUCACCAACUAUUACAGCCAGACGGUGGAGAAACUCAUUCUUUACACUGCCCCUUCCAAUGCUCUCAACUCCUCCCUGAUUGAGUUGGCCAAAAAGUGUUGCCAUCUGAAGGAGAUUCAUUGUUACUGUGUGGUUAGCCAAGGCGUGGUGGAUGCAUUUCUCGCGCACUGCCCUGAUUUGAGAAACCACACACUGUCCAGCGUACUCCUCUCUUCCAUGUUACCAAUCUUGUGUCCCUAA